GGGGACGCAAGCGACGCAAGCGGAAGCGGAAGUACGUGUGUUGCCCACAUGUGCCUCUCCCGGAGUAGUGAAAAAGUUUUAGUGACACUACCCCCCACGCACCCCGUUCCACCAUGGGCAAGAAAAGCAAAGUCGGGAAGAGUCGGAGGGACAAGUUCUAUCAUCUGGCAAAGGAGACCGGUUACCGCUCCCGCUCUGCUUUCAAGCUCAUCCAGUUAAAUCGCCGCUUUCAGUUCCUGCAGAAAGCCCGAGCCCUGUUGGACCUGUGUGCUGCGCCAGGGGGAUGGUUGCAGGUGGCUGCUAAGUUUAUGCCUGUGUCCAGCCUUAUUGUGGGAGUGGACCUGGUUCCAAUCAAGCCUCUUCCCAAUGUGGUGACACUGCAGGAGGACAUCACAACGGAACGCUGUAGGCAGGCCCUGAGGAAGGAGCUGAAGACCUGGAAAGUUGAUGUUGUGCUCAAUGAUGGGGCCCCCAACGUCGGGGCUAGCUGGGUCCAUGACGCUUACUCACAAGCCCAUUUGACACUGAUGGCUCUGCGUUUGGCUUGUGAUUUUCUGGCCCGUGGUGGCUGCUUCAUCACAAAGGUCUUCCGCUCUCGUGACUAUCAGCCCCUGCUGUGGAUCUUCCAGCAGCUCUUUCGCCGUGUCCAGGCCACCAAGCCCCAAGCCUCCCGCCAUGAGUCUGCGGAGAUCUUUGUAGUCUGCCAGGGGUUCCUGGCUCCUGACAAGGUCGACAGUAAAUUCUUUGACCCCAAAUUUGCCUUCAAGGAGAUUGAAGUUCAGGCCAAGACUGUUACCGAAUUGGUGACUAAGAAGAAGCCAAAGGCUGAAGGCUACGCCGAGGGCGACCUGACCCUUUAUCACAGAACUUCCGUCACCGACUUCCUCCGAGCAGCCAACCCUGUUGACUUUCUCUCCAAAGCCAGCGAAAUCUCUCUAGAUGACGAGGAGUUGGCACAGCACCCCGCCACCACUGAGGACGUGCGGGCCUGCUGUCAGGACAUCAAAGUGCUGGGGCGCAAGGAGCUCAGGUCGCUACUGAACUGGAGAACGAAGCUCCGGCGGCACGUGGCCAAGAAGCUGAAAGAGCAGGCGAAGGCCCUCGACAUCAGUCUCAGCUCCGGAGAGGAAGAGGAGGCGGCCGAUGAGGAGUCGGCGGUUGGGACUGUGAGGCAGCCCUCCAAGGAGGAGGAGGAGGAGGAACAACUAGACCGGACCCUGGCGGAGAUGAAGGCCCAGGAGGUGGCGGAAUUAAAGAGGAAGAAGAAGAAGCUGUUGCGUGAGCAGAGAAAGCAGCGGGAGCGAGUCGAGCUGAAGAUGGAUCUUCCUGGGGUUUCUAUUGCGGACGAGGGGGAGACCGGCAUGUUCUCCCUGCGCACCAUCCGGGGCCCCCAGUUGUUAGAGGAGGUAACACAAGGAGAUAUGAGUGCUGCAGACACCUUUCUGUCUGAUGUGCCAAGGGAUGACAUUUAUGUAUCAGAUGUUGAGGACGAUGACACCUCCCUGGAUAGUGACUUGGAUCCAGAGGAGCUGGCAGGAGUUGGAGGGUCUCUGCGUCUAAAGGACCAAAAGCGUGUGCGAUUGGCUGAAGUAGAAGAGGGUGAACAAGCGGAAGGGGAGGAGAACCCGCUGCUGGUACCACUGGAGGAGAAGACGGUGCUGCGGGAAGAACAAGCCAGUCUCUGGUUCUCGAAGGACGGCUUCAGUGGGAUUGAGGAUGAUGCGGACGAGGCCCUGGAGAUCAGUCAAGCCCAGCUGCUGUCCGAGGGCCGCCGGAAGGGGCAGCUGCCGCCGCCACCUUCCUGUUUGAAGACGGAGGAGAGACCUCCCCACUGCCAGGAGGAGGGGCCAGCAGGGCCUCCGUCAGAGGCAGAGGCUGCCAACGGGCCUGGCAGGGAAGAAAGAGAUGGCAGCUCAGACAGCGACAGCGACAGCAGCAGCGAGGAAGGGGAGAGUUGGGAACCAAAGCGUGGAAAGAAGCGAAGCCGUGGGCCGAAGUCAGAUGACGACGGGUUUGAGAUUGUGCCCAUUGAGGAUCCAAUGAAACAUCGGAUACUAGACCCUGAAGGCCUUGCCCUAGGUGCUGUUAUUGCUUCUUCCAAAAAGGCUAAGCGGGACCUCAUAGAUAAUUCCUUCAGCAGGUAUACGUUUAAUGAGGAGGAGGGGGAGCUUCCGGAGUGGUUUGUGCAGGAGGAAAAGCAGCACAGGGUCCGGCAGCUGCCCAUCGACAAGAAGGACGUGGAACACUACCGCAGACGCUGGCGGGAAAUCAACGCGCGUCCCAUCAAGAAAGUGGCUGAGGCCAAAGCCAGAAAGAAGCGGAGGAUGCUGAAGAAGCUGGAGCAAACCAAGAAGAAGGCAGAGGCUGUGGUGAACACCGUGGACAUCUCCGAACGAGAGAAAGUGGCUCAGCUUCGGAGCCUCUACAAGAAGGCUGGGCUCGGCAAGGAGAAGCGCCAAGUCACCUACGUUGUAGCCAAAAAAGGUGUGGGCCGCAAAGUGCGCCGGCCAGCUGGAGUCAGAGGGCACUUCAAGGUGGUGGACUCCAGGAUGAAGAAAGACCAAAGAGCACAGCAAAGGAAAGAACAGAAGAAGAAACACCGACGGAAGUGAACAGAGCCUCGGAGAAGACCGGGUGAGGACGUGGAGGCGUGAUUCUGGCCUUGCUUGCACCCCAGUCAGCUGGACGGACAGGUGGGGUGCCCAGAACUCUCAAGGUGGUCCUCGUGGUGAGGAGGCGGCCCUCCUGCCUGAAGGCAGGUCUUGGAUAAUAUGUCCUGCUGGUAACGGACCCCACAGCUCUUCUAGGUGUUCAGUACUCCACAUUCCUUUUUUUAAGGUCCGUGUUGGGGUGAAAUAUUCACUCUAUUUCUGGGCAAGUGGGCCUCUUGGGUCUUCCCCCAUCUUCUUCCAUUCAUCCAAAUAAAACAAGGGCCCUACUUUCUCUGACAUUUUACUUCCCAUUAACUCAGAAGGGGCACCUAGGGUGGCUCAGUUGGUUGAGUUCGAGCCCCGCAUCAGGCUCUGCUGACUGCUAGCUCAGAGCCUGGAGCCUGCUUCAGAUUCUGUGUCUCCUUCUCUCUCAAAGACAUAAAAGUGUUAACUCGGAAGCACCUGGGUGCUCACACCAUGUGCUGCAUGGUUAGAAAUCCUGCUCGCUGUGAACUACAAAUGACAGACAAGCCACAGGUCCCAGUAGUAAAACGUUUACUAGAGCAAGCAGAUAGGAAUGCACAUCUUAAAGAAACCUUCACAAAGUCACAAAAGUCAAAGGAUGUAUAUUUCUUUUCCUUUUAUAAACAAGAUAGAACAAAAAUCAUCAAAAUCAUUUCAGCAAAAGAUUUUUCUACCAUUGUGGCAAGUUAAAAAAAAAAAAUACAAUGAAAUAGAAGACACUUUAAAAGCUGUCAGAGUUUUUGUUUAAAUUUAGCAACACUUCAGACCUGGAGCAAUCUGGUUCCAAAGAUCCUCUUCCUCAAGGACAGAGGUUGGGAGUCUGGCAGGCGGCUGCUGCUUCCGUUCUCAGAACUGGAUACAGACCUGGCUGGGGAACCUGACCAUGGACUCGAACAGGCUAGAAGCACCAAACUUCCCCAGAUCUCUAAUACCUCAGUGGGCUGGUUUGCAGAAAGCCAACUCUCUAGAAGGGCCUGCCUGGCCAAACAGCUAAGAAAAAGAAUUUUACUUGUAGAUGUUUAUAAGGUGACAGUUUAGUAAAAAAUAUAAGCUACAUAUAAUAUAAACCUAGAGUGAGUUUUGUGCCCUAGAAGGCCCUUUCUUCCAAGGUAUCCCCAACUGACCUUGACAACUCACCCAGAGCCCAAAAGGAAGUUCCAGCUCACUGCUUCCAAGGACCAACGGAGCAGCUUCCUAAGAAGACCUCUGAAAACCGAUCCAGGUGAAGGGGUAACGUCUCCAAGCUCCAGCUAUCCGCUAAGGGCAGGGGGUCCUUACACCGUGGGCCCCAACCCAGCCCUGAGACACCUAGUUACCAAAAAUCUUUCUAAAAAUAAAAUUAAAGACCAUUGAUUUCACGCUUUAGCACA